AUGGAAACAGAAGAGCAAAAGUGGGAGCAAGCUGAGGCGGAGGAACAAGAAGAAGAGGAAACUACUCUGGUAGUAAGAAAAUCAAGAAAUGAAAAUGACAGCAACACCACUGAAAUUGCUGCUGUUGAUGUUGAAGUGAGUAAUGGCCACCCCAUUCAGACACAAGUGGCUGCAAAUGGAGCUCAAAGUGAAGACCCAAUUCUUGGAGAAGAGCAGAAAAUAGAGGAGCUUGAUGGGGUUCUUGAAAAUGAAUUAGAGGCCAUAAAUGGGGAGCAGAAAUCCGAGAAUCUUGUUUUCUAUGACAAAGUUGAAGGUAUUGAACCUGCUUCGACAUAUUUUGGAGAAAAGCAAAUCGUCAAAGAUCCUGGAUAUGAUAAAUUUGACAUCCCAUCUCUUGAUUUCAGUAUUCAGAACUAUGCUACUUCUGCAAUAACCAAUGGAUAUGACGGAGAUCAUAAGAACGACAGUUUUUCUAGCUCAAAUCUGCAGCCUCCUAACAUUUCAGUUCAAGAACAAAGCAUAAGCUAUAAGUCCGCCAAAGAGAUAGAAAGUGCAGAGCAUGAUUUGUUCUGUCCUAACUGCAAUUCUUGUAUCACAAAGAGGGUUAUUCUCCGCAAAAGGAAACGCAGAAUUCGAGUUUCUGAUGAAGAGAUUAAGCGCAACAAGAUAGAAGCUGCAGUUGACUCCAAAUUAGUGGCUUUCUCCUCUCAAUCAGUCAGUCAUCAAGUAGUUCAUACAGAUGAAGUUGGUGAUAAUGCUACUCAACAACCAACAGCAGAAGAUGAUGAACGUGAAAGAGGUCCUGAUAUAUUUAGAUGCUUAUCAUGCUUCAGCUUUUUUAUUCCAACUGGGAAUGGGUUCAAGUUGUUUAGGGUAUUUGGAGAGAAAGAUGGGAAACAAAAUGCCCAGGGUGAACAAGCACCAAGUAUAAAAAAGAACUGGUUUACGUCCAUGUUUGCUUCAAAUAAGCAGGAAACAUCAAUUCAACAAGGAAGUAGCUCCCAGACAGAUGUGCAAAAAGUUGAUGUUGGAGCCACUCCAUCAUCCAUAUUAGGUGAUCAAAGUGGUCAACCAUCAUUUUCACAAAAACCCAGUACACCUUCUCAUGCUUCUGAAGGUCUUCAGGUGACAGCUGGCAACGGUACUCCAGAAGGCAGAGAUCAGAUUUUACCUUCUCCAAGGCAAAAACCUUCAUUAAAUGGAAAAGUAAUAAUUGGUUCUGGAGAUAAAUUAGAUAUGACAGCAACAGAGACAGUAGGUGCUACAAUGAAACAGUUUGAUGUAUAUACGAAAGAUCAAUUGACGGAAUCAAAACCUGAAAAAGAAGUCCACGUCAAUCGUGAAACUGAUCUAUCAGGUAUGGCACUUCCUCUGAGUACUCAUGUUACUAAUGGGGAAUCUGCAGAGGAUGCCAUCUCAUUUUCACAGCAAGGUGGAUUGAAGUUGCUGAUUUCCUCAAAUAAAGAAUCUCUGACUGUGGACAAUUCAGAGAGAAGAUCAAAUUGGACAAUGGAAUCAGGAGCUGCAGAUAAGGGGACUAUCCAGCUCUCACCAAAAUCAGUUUCAGUACUUAAAGCAUCCGAUGUGGAUGCCAAGCUGAACAUUUCAGUAACUAUUCCCCAUGAAGAGCAGGACAUUACAGCCACUAUUCUAACUGAAUCGAUUGUGGAAAAUAAAAAUGUGAAUUUCAGAAGCGGCAAUAAUGGUCAAGCCUAUCCCACUGAAGUAUCUCAGCAUAUAAUCACCAAAACCAAAUUCGAAGUCCAUUCUGGCGAGUCACUUGGAGUUGACAACAUUUCUGGUGCUCUAAUCGCACAAGGCAAAGAUAGCGUGAUAACUAUAGAUGCACAGCCAGCUGGCUUGUCUCAAACUCUGCAAGGUAUAAUUCAUCCAACAGAAACAGCAGCACUAUUAAUUGAAGUGAUUAAGAGCAUAGUAUACGGUGGGCUAGCUGAGUCAAUUACCAGCCUAAGUGUUGUAUCAUCUGCAGCUGGUGGUGGUGCUGCCACAUUGAAUAUUUUAGCUCUGGGAGUGGCCAAUCUCAUUGGGGGACUUUUUAUCAUUUGCCAUAACCUUUGGGAACUGAAAUCUGAUCGUAUAGAGCAAGUGGCCAAUCAAGUUUCUGAUGAAGCAACCGGGCAAAGGGAUCGCUACAGAGAACUCCUGGGUCGGAGACAGAAUUUCAUACUUCAUGCUGUAGUUGCAAUAGCAUCAUACCUUGUAUUUGGCUUGGUCCCUCCAGUUGUCUAUGGUUUCUCGUUCCGCAAGACUGAUGACAAGCAGCUUAAGCUUGUGGUAGUGGCAGCGGCUUCCCUUCUCUGUAUCUUUGUACUAGCUAUCGGGAGGGCCUACACACAGAGACCACCCAAGCCUUACUUGAAAUCCAUCAUUACGUUUGUUACACUGGGAGUAAUGGUCUCAGGCGUUUCGUAUGCUGCUGGUGAAUUAGUCGAACGACUUCUGGAGAAGCUGGGUCUAUUCCAGUCAAGUUCAGUGCCUAAUUUACUUGUGCCUGAGAUGAAACCAACAGGCUCAGCCUCAGCCUCAGCGUGGGCUUCUUAUUGAGUGAUGGCAAAACGCAUGAUUGAGUUCGGGUGGUGGAUGGUGAAUAACUUUGCGGACCAGAGGGAUAUCUGACAAGCUCUGCGGCGUAGCACUUGAACACGUCAAUUCUUUUUAUAUGGUCCAUUUUGCUGUUCUUAUUUGUCUGUUAUUUCGGUUUCUGUUAUUUCCAAACACCCUUUUCUUUUAAUGUCGUGUUUAAAUGGACUCACGUGAGUGUUUUGAGGUUUACACGUUAUCAAGGUUGGCAAUUUUGUUGGAAGUACUGGUGAAUUAACUUAUUUCUUUCUAGAGUUAAUAACAGUUCAAUCCCCUCGGAAUUUA